ACACCUAAGGAGUAUGAGAGGGAGUACAGUAAAGAGCUGCAGCAGAAGGGAGUGGAGCCCUCAAAGUAUCACGGAUUCGCCUACGACGGGAUCUGGGUAAUAGCUAAGACCCUGACCCGCGUCAUGGAUUUACUGCAGCACAAGGAGAGGCAGGACAUGUACCACAACUUCACUGUGGACGACCGGGAGGUGGGCAAGCUGGUGCUGGACGUCAUGAACGAAACCAACUUCUAUGGCGUCACGGGCCAAGUCAUGUUCAGGAACGGAGAACGGAUGGGCACGAUCAAAUUCACACAGUUUCAAGAGGGUCAGGAGGUGAAGGUCGGAGAGUACAACGCUAUUGCUGAUGUCCUGGACCUUAUUAACAACACCAUGAGGUUCCAAGGGGUGGAGCCUCCUAAGGACCGUACGUUUGUGCGUCUGCAGCGUCGCAACAUCAACGUACCCCUCUACAGCAUCCUGUCUGUUAUCACCAUUCUGGGCAUGCUCAUGGCAGGGGCCUUCCUCUUCUUCAACAUCAAGAACCGCAACCACAGACUGAUCAAGAUGUCCAGUCCCUACAUGAACAACCUCAUCAUUCUGGGAGGAAUGCUGUCCUACUCCUCCAUCUUCCUCUUUGGCCUGGAUGGCGCCUUGGUGUCCGACAAAGAGUUUGAGGCCCUGUGCACCGUGCGAACGUGGAUCCUCAUCGUAGGGUAUACGACAGCGUUCGGCGCCAUGUUCGCCAAGACCUGGAGAGUCCACGCGAUCUUCAAGAAUGUCAAGAUGAAGAAAAAGAUUAUCAAGGACCAGAAGCUGCUGAUCAUUGUUGGUGGGAUGCUGCUGAUUGACCUAUGCAUCCUCAUAUGCUGGCAGAUCGUUGACCCGCUAAAGAGGACCGUGGAGGAAUACAGCUUGGAGCGGGGGAAGAAGGAGGGAUGGAAGGAUGAGACUCUCCCUCAGAGUUGA